CUCUCCUCUCCUCUCAAACAGAGGCAUUUAAAUAAUAUGAUUGUGACAGUGCAAAGAAACUUAAAAAUAUCUAAAAUACGUUCUGAUAACAACUCCAAUCAAACUGUGCCUCCGAAUUUAUUACUAAGUCAAAAUCGUGCAACUAAAAGCCUUGAUGAUGAUAAUAAAAAUCAUUUAGAUGCCCCAAAUUCACAGAAAAUUCAAAGCGAAAAUAAUGAUGGGCAACACCAGGAAAAUGAUAAAAAACUAGAAACUUAUCUUACUCUGAAGGGAGCGGCAAUCAACAUAUCAAAUACUCAAAUCAAGCGUAAUAUAGACAAUAAUUCUAGAGAUGACAUCACCUUACAUCUUCAAAAAAUAUUGGAUCUUCUACGACCUCAAGACGAUUUAAAAUUAGCCGUCAAGCUGGAAAGCAAUUUCAUUUCCGACCUCAAAUACACGAACGAUCAACUAGAGGACGAAUUUUUAAUAGGCCACCCUGCCUUGGUCGCCGAUAAAUCUUCCGCCACUUGCUUUGUUUCUAAGAUGCGAUAUUUGGCCAUAGUUUCGAACAAAGAUUACUCUAGUGAAGAUGAAAAUACUGUCGUAGCGUCGACUAUUACUAAUAAUAACGAUAAGGGAGAGAGAUACAUUCUCUUGGGCGUGGACGGUAUCACUAGGGGUAUUAUCCUUGCGCCUCCCGACCUUGUAACUAAUCUGCCCAAAGAUAAGAAUGAUAUGAACGGCUGCGCUAAAAAUACGAAGGACCAUAUAAAUGCCAAUGCUAAUAACGGUAAUGACAAAACAAAGAUGGAACUUGCGGAAUACCGCCAGGUCAAAAGCUGUGAAUUCUCCGUGGGCUUAGCCCUACCCUUUGAUCCGGCGAGUACACGUAUUACCUUAGAUGGAGAUGGUGCUAUAUUGAUUAGUCCUGCUUUAAAUCCGCCCCCUUUAGUUGAUCUCUAUGACAAAGAUAAUUUGGAACAUUCAAAGGACCUUUACUUCAAACCGAUAUGUGUUAGGGCUAUGUGGUGCGCAGCUCAAUGCCUGCACGAGCUCCUCUUCACCAGCGGGUUAUCUCGCCAGCGAUCGUCUCCGAGCUACGCCUCGUCUUUAGAACACUACGACUCACUAUCCAGACGAGCUCCCGACCCCGUAGCCUUUCGAGAAUGGCGUGCUCUCCCUCCGGCUGAUCGAUCUCCAGCCUGUGCCUCCCUCUAUUACGAUCUGGCCUCAGCCCACUGCUAUUGGACCCAAACUACUAAAACUAAUCAUCUCUCAGCUGACAAUUCUAACCGCCACUUUAACAUUAAAACGCUUUCACGGCAUCAAAAAUCUAUCGUGACAGAAGCUCUGCGUCGCGUUAUGUCUGUAGCGGAUCCAGAGGAGGCAACUUUUCUCUCAAUAAGACACGGCCUAGAACGAGAGUUAGCCCAGAUCGGGCCGGAAUGGCACGACGGAGACCUCUCUCUCCACCGCCCGGGGGAAUUAAAGGCUUUCGUGGAAGAGCGUUUGCUUCUCAUCUUGGGGAGGAUGGAUCGUGCUACCCCUGUAACCACUAACCUGUACCUGGGAAGCGAAUGGAAUGCUUCGAACCUUGAAGAGCUACGGGCUAAUCGCAUCGGCUACAUAAUUAACGUUACAAAGGAAAUCGAAAACUUUUUCCCUGAUAUUUUUUUCUAUCAAAAUAUACGUGUCGCCGAUGACGAACUAAGUAAUCUACUACCGCAUUGGGACAAAACUUAUAAAUUCAUAUCAAGAGCAAUAAAAAAAGGCCAAAGAUCAGGCACUAUUAGGAAAUCUCCAAGCCCAACCCACUUAUCUCAUUUGCCAUUCUAUAAUCCCUUCUCGACGCCCUUGCUCGAAAAAUCUGAAAAAUUUCACAAAUUAAAUAACAUUGAUCGGGAUAAACAUAACAUUGAAAGGGACACGAAUAAUUCCACCAACAAUCCAAACACCGGUAAUCACAACAUUUUAGUGCAUUGUAAAAUGGGAAUAAGCCGUUCAGCUAGCGUUGUCAUAGCUUACGUGAUGAAAAGCCAGCGACUCUCCUACGAUAUUGCACUCUCGUUAGUUCGAUCGAAGAGGCCCUGCGUACAACCCAACCCAAAUUUUGAACGACAGUUACUAACCUAUCAGGGCAUCUUAAGGGCAAGCCAUAACAGACAAAUUAUGAUUUGGCGUUCUAAAUCUGAAUCAAACUUGAAACCUUAUUAUCUAAACAAAUACAACCACCUAACAUCUAUAUCUUCAGAAAACAAUGAUUUCCUUAGUUCUUCAAACUCUCAAGAUCAUAAUACUUCUCUCAAUGACGUUAACAGUAUCAAGAUCGGGAAUAUAGACGAGGAAUUUGAUGAUAGCAACAUAGACAAUAACAAUAAUAUAAAUCAUAGAAUUUAUUAUGAGAAUGGUGAAAAAAAAAACCUUCAACCCGAAUAUUUAAAAUUUGAAGCGUCUAGCAAAUUCUGUAUAGACACGAUAAACCCAUACGAUCCUAAAAACGAAUAUUGUACCCCUCUAGAAAUUAUAAAUAAUUCUGACAAAACCUUGACUAUCAAUACCACGAAUGCGACCACUUUUAGGGGAAUUCGCAGGGUUGUCAGUUUUUAUAUGGAGACCCACGAGGCAGGUUUAAAAGAAAAUUUUGAUGGUAAAUCGGUUAAUGGCCAGAGUAAUAAAAACAUCCCCAAAUGUGACCUCGAAAAGAAACCUUCACCGAACGUAAAGUCCAUUAAUAAACAAAACUCGUCCUUCAAUUAUAAUUUUAUUAAAUCGAAAUUAGCCUUUUUAUGCAAUGCCAUGAUACAGCAUCACGACCAUAGGUACAAGGAGGCGAGUUCAUGGUCUCGGUACAAGGAGCAAGCCAUGAAUAACCUUAAUGACAGACAAGAUGCCUUCAUGAAACCUAAACUCAUUAAGAACAAAAUCAAUAUGAAAGUCUUGUCAAAUCCUGAACGCGAAUUUAUGGCUCACAACAAAGGAUUGCGUCUUUCACAUUCUCUUCACAUUUCUAAAGGGAUGGUUAAAGAUAAGACAUUAAAUUUUGAAAAAUUGACCUAUAAUAGUACGCCACACAAGAAAGGAAGUCAUAAUUUUGACUCCUAUCCGCCUGCUAUCAAAAGGCAUACCUGGUACGACGCAGAACCCGUCUCGUUUCACAGAAGAUUUUAUAAUGCCGCAACUAUAAUUGAUAGAAAUCAUAGAAAUAUUUUUGCCAUCGACGAUAAAAUAAACCUAAAUAAACAACACGCUUUUUGUCAAAAUUAUCCGGAAACCUCCUUUUUUCCAAGAGGAUUCGUACGAUCUCGUUCUAGUCUCAUUGGAAACGGUAUUUACAAUAACGAAAAAGGAGCAUUUCCUACGCAUAUAAAUUUGAGUAUCAUUAACGAUGAAAUAUCACCUUGCAACAUUGUACCAUCACCCAAGAAAGGCGAAAAGGAAAAUAUCAUUCUCAACAAUGCCGAUAACACGAUAGUGUUGAAUUCCAGAAGGAAGAAAGGGGAGGCCCUUAAACAACAUCAAUAUUUGCGCCUUUUCAAUGAUACCAAUAAUCUAUCUAAUCCAACGAUAAAAUCCAUCAAUACUUCUUCAGAAAUGAUUCUAAAAUCGCGAAAAAGCUCAGUUCCGAUUGGUCGCCGUCUGCUUAACAACAUCGAUAAAAAUUUUAAAAAUGAAAAUUCCUCAACUUUUUUCCAGAAUCCUACUCUUAAAACAUGACAUAUUAUAUAAUUCUAAAUUUUAGUAAUAUAUACCCAAGUUAAAACAUAAUCAAAUGAUUCAAUUUAUCUUAUAUAUAAUUAAUAUUUAUAUACUAUAUUUUUCUGUUAUUUAUAACUUCGAAUAUGCUUCGUAUUUUAUACUUUAUAUAUUGACGUAAGUGAAGAAGUUUA